AUGUUUUUAUCUAUCUAUCUAUCUAUCUACAUAAAUGGUAACUCACACGAAAAAUUUUCUCCAUUGUCAUUGAUAUUCCUAAUCUAUCUAUCUCUCUCACUCUUUCUUUCUUUCUUUCUUUCUUUCUUUCUUUCUUUCUUUCUUUCUCUCUCUCUCUCUCUCUGUCCGAAUGUUUUUUUUUUUUUUUGUCUAUUGGCUUUAUCCCCGCCCUUGCCAUCAUCUGUCUCAUCGCGUGUUCGUUUUUUUUUUGCCUCCUCCCUCAUCACCUAUUUUAUCAUCGAAGUGUCAACAAGUCAUUUUUUUCCCGAUUCUUUUAUCUCAUAUUUCCGCUUUAUCUUCCAAUCUGAUUUUGGUGAACACAAUUUCUACGUAAAAAUACAAAAUUCUACAUACUAUCGCUCUUUCCUCUCUCUCUCUCUCUCUUUCUCUCUCUCUCUACCUAUCUGUCUGUUUCCGAUUAUUGAUAUCUAUCUAUGUUUGUUCAGUUCAAUCUAUCUAUCUAUCUAUAUUUAUUCAGUUCUUUCAUUCUCUCUAUCUCUUUCAGCUUGUGGUAUCUAUCUAUCUAUCUAUCUAUCUAUCUAUCUAUCUAUAUUUAUUCAGUUCUUUCUUUUUCCCUAUCUCUUUCAGCUUCUAGUAUCUAUCUAUCUAUCUAUCUAUCUAUCUGUGACGUCCCCCCGGUGUCGCUGCGCCAAAUCAAGCCAAAUAGUGUCACAAAUCUAUCUGUCUAUCUAUCUAUCUAUCAAUCUAUCUAUCUAUGUUUAUUCAGUUCUUUCUUUCAUUCUAUCUUUCAUCUUGUUGAUAUCUAUCUAUCUAUCUAUCUAUCUAUCUAUCUAUCUAUGUUUAUUCAGUUCUUUCUUUCAUUCUAUCUUUUAUCUUGUUGAUAUCUAUCUAUCUAUCUAUCUGCAUAUUUCUUUCUUUCUUUCUUUCUUUCUUUCUUUCUUUCUUUAUUACAGCCGACAAUGA